UACGGGACAGUCGAUUCCCUUAUAAAAAAUAUUUAAAAAAAACUUCUUCAGAAUUAAAACAAAAAUAUCAAGAAAUAAAGUUCCUAUCGUCGCGACAAUCAAUCGUCAACGCAGCGUUAUCAUCGAAAAAAGCGAUUUAGCAACACACUUUCGAAGAAAAACAUCGCUCGGCGAGAACAAAGCAAAAAAAAAGCUGAAUCAACAAAAUCAAACGUAGCUCAAUUUCAGCUGUGUAACGACAGACAACAACAAAAAAGAGACAUGAAGAAGAAAGGUUUUGAUGUUCUGGUCUAUUUGUGUCUCGCCAUCGUCUUUGUUGCCGAAUGCUCAGCGUACAUCGUUGAUCCCGGACCAGUGGUUAUUGCUACAAGCGGUGAAAUUUGGCCUAAACCAAAGAAACAACAGACUGAGGAGACUUUUUCCACAUUUACACCCACAAACUUUCAUUUUAAAGCAACUGAAAAAACUUGUGAUAUUUUGGAUCUCGCAUUUGAACGCUACACGCAAAUUUUGGUCCAAAUCUUAAACAAUGGCAGAAGAAAUAGACGUUCACAGCCCCGAAGACGCUCAAAAGUACGUUUAGAUCCGUUAUUUUCGGGAAAUUUAGUCGAAUUUAACGUCAAAUUGACCACCGAGUGUGAGGAUAAGCCGUAUCAAGGCAUGGAUGAGUCAUAUGUCCUAACUGUCACUAAUGGAAGUGCUUCUCUCGAUGCAAAGUCUGUGUGGGGCGUUCUACGUGGUUUGGAGUCAUUUUCACAACUUACCGUUUAUUCAGGCGAAGGAACUUCCUUACGUGUAAAUCACACCGUAAUUAACGACGAACCUCGUUUCUCGUGGCGUGGAUUGCUUGUCGACACAUCGCGACACUUUAUUAACGUCGAUGUCCUUUUAAAAAUUCUCGAUGGAAUGGCUUACAACAAAUUAAACGUAUUUCAUUGGCAUAUUGUUGAUGAUCAUAGUUUCCCAUACGAGAGUCGUCGUUUCCCCGAAUUGAGUGCUCAAGGCGCUUUCACGCGCCGAAUGGUUUAUUCCGUGAACGACAUCGAAAAUGUCAUCGAAUACGCCCGAAUUCGGGGAAUUCGUGUCCUUGCGGAGUUCGAUACACCCGGGCAUACUCGUUCAUGGGGCGUUUCUCAUCCCGAAUUGCUCACCGAGUGCGAAGGACAGUACAAAGGAAAACUUGGUCCCAUGAAUCCCAUCAACGAAGAAGUUUACGUGUUCCUCCAAGAAUUAUUUAAAGAAGUUACGGAACUCUUUCCCGACAAAUAUAUCCAUUUGGGCGGCGACGAAGUUGGUUUCGAGUGCUGGCAAAGCAAUUCCAACAUCACGGAAUACAUGAAACAAAACGACAUUCGCAACUACGAGAAAUUAGAGGAAAUUUUCAUCCAACGAAUUAUCGAUAAUGUCGAUCAAUUGGGCGCCAAUUCGAUCGUUUGGCAGGAAGUUUACGUGAAUCGCGUGAGUUUACCGCAAAAAACAGCCGUUCACAUUUGGACUGGAGAUCGUUUCCGCUUGUUAUACAGCGUAACGAAAGAUGGGCAUCCAGCGUUAUUAUCGUCAUGUUGGUACUUGGAUCAUCUAUCCACGGGCGGAGAUUGGCGCAAAUACUACACUUGUGAUCCGCAUGACUUCUCAGGCAAUGCCGAACAGAAAGAUUUAGUCCUUGGAGGCGAGGCUUGUAUGUGGGCAGAAGUCGUUGACAACGGAAACAUCCUUCAAAGAAUUUUCCCUCGCGUAUCAGCAGCAGCUGAAAAAUUGUGGUCCCAACAGAGCGUAAAAGAUAUUGAAGAUGCUGCUCGUCGCUUGGAAGAGCAUUAUUGUCGUCUCAAUGUACGAGGCAUUCCCGCUCAACCUCCAAAUGGUCCCGGAUUUUGCGCUUAAAGAGCAAUUUACUUAAUUUUUGUAUUUCAAUGGAAGCAUUUUCUUAUUUUUUUAGUUAAUUUGUAACGAAUAAAGAUUUUUUUUUAGCUUUUA